AUGACUGACAACAUUCUACUCGAGGGAACCUGUAAACUGGUAGUAGCCAUGAAGGUCUUCGCAGCAGUACUGAUGGCGUUGGCGGCCGUGGUCGUGGCAGAAGAGCCCAUCGAACUCGACUACCACAUCAAGAUCGGUAUCCCCCGGGCCGAGAGUCUUAGACGCGCCGAGGAAGCCGCUGACUUCGACGGUACCAGGAUUGUGGGUGGUUCUGCCGCCAACGCUGGUGCUCACCCCCAUCUUGCUGGACUUGUGAUCGCACUGACGAAUGGCAGAACUUCCAUCUGCGGAGCUUCCUUACUGACCAACACCCGCUCCGUGACCGCCGCUCACUGCUGGAGGACCAGGAGUGCCCAGGCUCGUCAGUUCACCCUCGCUCUUGGAACAGCUAACAUCUUCUCCGGAGGCACCAGGGUCACCACCUCCAAUGUCCAGAUGCACGGCAGCUACAACAUGGACACCCUCCACAACGACGUCGCCAUCAUCAACCACAACCAUGUUGGCUUCACCAACAACAUCCAGCGCAUCAACCUAGCCAGUGGAAGCAACAACUUUGCUGGUACUUGGGCCUGGGCUGCCGGCUUCGGAAGGACCUCCGAUGCUGCUUCGGGAGCCAACAACCAACAAAAACGCCAAGUCAGCCUCCAGGUCAUUACCAACGCCGUCUGCGCCCGUACGUUUGGAAACAAUGUGAUCAUUGCCUCCACCCUCUGUGUUGACGGCUCUAACGGUCGCAGCACCUGCAGCGGAGACUCCGGCGGCCCUCUCACCAUCGGCAGCGGCGGAAGCCGUCAACUGAUCGGUAUCACAUCGUUCGGAUCAGCUCAAGGUUGCCAGAGAGGCCACCCUGCCGGCUUCGCCAGAGUCACAUCCUUCAACUCCUGGAUCCGGGCUAGAAUUUAACUGACGAAUGACCAAUGAUUCAAUAAUAAAGUAAUUUCAUU